GGAGCUAAAGCUUCUAGAGCUUGUGUUUUUCUUAUCGUGCAUGUGUUUACCUAGGUCGUCUUUUUUCUGUUCUAUAUAUUAUUGUAUCGUCUCGUCAUCGAGUAUAUUGUAGUGUUGAAACAAGCAGAACUUUCAUCGAGUACCUAUUUGUCUCUCGUUCUCAAACUAUCAUGUCUUCCAAGGGGUUUGGUGCCUUUAUCGACAUCCAGCCAAUAUCCAAAGAUGUGGCAGGAUCUUCCGUCCUCAGUGCUCCUCAAAAAGCCGUUCCUCGAGUCUACCACUCGGUCCCUCAUACCCCCGAAAUCGAGCUCGAAAACAUUCAAUGGGGCAAAAGAACCAAAGGUCAAUUCAAGAGUGGCACAUCAACACCUUCAGGUACUCAGACGCCAAGGGUUCCCAUUUACAACGAUAUCGAGAUGAGUCGGCCCACAAGUCCUACACAAGGAGAUGGAGUCGAUGCAAUGCAAAGUUUCUCAAAUCCGCCCAUGAAUAGGUUUCGCAUGACCAGUGUCUGCUUGUUAAAUUUUGGAAAUGGUCUUAGUGAUUCGGCACCUGGUGCUUUGAUCCCUUAUUUGGAAAAGUUCGUGGACUUUCUCUUAUAAGGAAUGCCAGUGCUAAUAAGCAUUUAGACAUUAUAACAUUGGAUAUGCUAUAGUCUCUUUGAUUUUCGUCGUAAGUAGUUGUUUUUUCACCACACUACCUUGUCUUACUCUAUUUCAUGAUGCAUCUUCUGCUUUCGUGUAUUUGAACCAAAGGUCCCAAUCAUGUAUAGAGCAAAGAAGAAGCUAAUUCUUAUGCUAGGGCAACGCCUGUGGAUUCCUCAUAGCAGCUUUCUUCGUUGAUGCCAUCCGAGCUCGCCUCGGAAGAGGCAAAACUCUUAUGAUUGCCCAAGCAUUCAUGGUAGCAAGCUAUGUCGCAAUUGUUGCCACACCACCAUUCCCAGUCACUGUCGUCGCAUUCUUCACCCUUGGGAUCGGUAUGGCCAUGAAUCUCGCAAUGGGUAAUGUCUUCGCGGCCAAUUUGCAAAACGGAACAACGAUGUUGGGAGCAAUGCAUGGAUCAUAUGGUAUUGGAGGAACAAUUGGACCCCUAAUUGCCACGGCCAUGGUAGCAGCAGGUGGACUCCUAUGGAGCAGAUUUUACCUUCUCACCCUUGGAGUUGCAACAUUCAAUCUCGUGUUCGCAGGCUGGUCAUUCUGGCACUACGAAGCAGAAACCGGACAAACCCUCCUCACAUCCCUCGAAAGAACGGCCUCCCAAAUCCAGACCGCGCAACAAACUCAAGAACCGGGAAAAUUUGCAAGCAUGACGGCAGCCUUCAAAUCGAAGACUGUCAUCCUGGGAGCUAUGUUCAUUUUCGCUUACCAGGGUGCGGAGGUCUCGAUUUCGGGCUGGGUCACAAGUUUCUUGAUUAAUACUCGUAAUGGAAAUCCUGAGACGGUGGGAUAUGUUACGGCGGGAUUUUGGGCGGGUGUUACGCUGGGGAGGUUCUUACUCUCGCAUCCGGCGCAUAAGAUCGGGGAGAAGAUUUUUGUUUAUGGUGUUGUGGUGGGAGCCGCUGUUUUUGAACUGCUUGUUUGGUUGGUGCCGUAAGUACUAUCCCUUUCCUUCCUGCUUUUUUUAAGACAUACCUUUCCCCUGGACACUGGUGACUUUGUUGGAAAUAUACUAAAUCUUCAUAGAAAUGUCAUCGGUGACGCAGUAGCAGUCGCAAUAGUCGGUCUAUUCCUAGGUCCUGUUUACCCAUGCGCAGCGACCAUUUUCACUCGCGCCAUAGGCAAGAAGGAACAAGUCAGUAGUAUGAGUGUCAUCAGUGCAUUCGGGAGUUCAGGCGGUGCCGUGGCACCUUUUACCACUGGUAUUUUGGCACAGGCUGUUGGGACUUUUGUCUUGCAUCCUGUUGCUAUUGGGUUGUUUGGGGUUAUGUUGAUUUGUUGGUUUUAUCUUCCGAAUGUUAGGAAGAGGACCGAGUAAAGUGUGUGGCAUUAAGGAAUGUUUGGGUUUGUAAAUAUGGCACAUUUUGCGUUGUUUGGUCGGAGGGUUGUAUUUUGCAAAGGUGCUGGGGCGUUUUAUUUACGAAUCUUCUUUAUAAAUUACAGAGGCUUGGUUAAAAUGGU